AUGGAAAAAGUCGAGGAAUUUGAAACAGCAAUGCUUAUAGUCAUCGUGGUACUGAUCGUCUUCGCCACGAUUUUUAACCUGUUUAUCAUUACAGCUUUAACAAGAAGCUACCAUCGAAGAAAAUAUCGCGAUUACAUUUUAAUAUCCGCUGCUUUUUGUGAUUUGACCAGAAUUCUUCUUGUUGGUUCACUCGAAGUUCGUGGUUUAGCUGAUCAGGAAUUGUCACAUGGGCGAGUAGCAUGUAUUUUGGAAGCAUUUUUCAUGCGAUUUUUUGAGUUUUCUUCCAUUUGUCAUAUCUUUGCGCUGGCAAUUGAUAGAUAUCUAUGCAGUAUCAAACAAAAUUAUGCACUUGUGCUUUACACAAAAACAUUAUACAUUCCACUCAGCUUAUUGCUGAUUUACGGUUAUGCGUUCCUGUGGUCUGUUUUACCAGUAUUCGGUUUGGGGAGGUAUGACAAACAGAGUGGGAAUAUUCAAUGUGGGUUAGUUCCGUAUAAAAAUUCAUUGGGUAAAAUAUACAUGACUCUGGUUUUAACUUUCGUCUUUGUGUUGCCUAUUUCAAUAAUUUGCAUUACGGCACUUAAGAUUAUGAAACAUAUUAGAACGAACUUCAACAGCAGAGUGUCGUGUGCAUCUAGAGCUUCCACCAAAAGUAUAUCACAAGUCGACUACAUCACAGAGGAUAUAGUCCAAGUACGUCUAGUAAUAGCAACAACUAUUACAUUUGUUUUGACGUGGUUACCUUAUGAUUUAACCUUAGCUCAUGAAAUUUAUACGGGUGAGAGUGCUAACGAAUACGUGGAAGUGACAAUGACAGUCAUUGGUCAAACAUCUGCAUUAAUUAUGCCGCUUAUUUAUAUCGUCCUUUACAAAGAUUUGAGAAGAACUAUUCGCACAAUGAGAAAUAACGUCAAUAGCUUUUUUUGCAAGAUAUAA